UUUGUUUCCACGCGCGACGUCGCGCAGUUCUCAAUCAUGGAGAUGAACCAUCUCAUUGGUCAGCGUUUCAACCUGAUCUCCAAGAGCGACAUUCGCUAUGUCGGCACACUUCACGAAAUCAACCCCGAAGCCUCGACGAUAGCUCUUGAGAAUGUUAUGUCAUUUGGAUCUGAGGGACGCCGGGGUAACCCCGCAGAGGAGGUCCCUCCUUCCACCAGUGUCUACGAAUAUAUCGUCUUCCGUGGCAGUGAUGUGAAGGAUAUCAGCAUCGCUUCCGAAGAGCAGAAGGAGGCACCACAGCCAGAGGCGCCCCGCGUGCCCGACGACCCUGCUAUUCUUGGCGGCAUGCAACGGCCUGUUCCUAGCCAGGCACCCGAGUCAGGCCCCCAGAGUGUUCCUCAGGGCCCUCCCCAGCCACCUCAAGGUGCCGGCCAGACACCUCCCGGCUACCCCCAGCAGCCUCAAUUCCAACAGGGCUUUUACCCACCCUAUGGCCAACGCUUCGGUCCUCCUCCUCCUUUCCCUCCCGGUCCUGGAUUCCCUCCCUAUGGUGCUCCUCCUGGGUGGUACCCUCCUCCUGGCCAUGGUUUCCCUCCUGGCCCCGGCCAAUUCGCCCCUCCGAUGCCCAUGGCCCCUGGCCAGCAGCCUGGUCCUCAGCGCCCCGGCCCUCCAGGUGUUGCCCCCGGCCCGAAACCCACCUCUGAACUCCCUGCUGGAGACAAGGUCCCAAGCAAGUCCAACAGCCGUAAUGCAACUCCUGCGGCUCAGAAUGCCCCGCCCCCACCUGUCGAGUCUAAGCCGUCUGUGGCUGAAGUCCAAGCUUCUGUCGGCUCGGCCCCCGCACCUAUCCCCCACAAGAGUGGCCGAGUGAUGCCUGCUAUUCCAAUUGCGGCCCCCAAGGCUGCUCCUCGCGCCAACAACCAGCCCAUCACCGAUGCUACCGCAGCUGCCACUGCCGCCGUCGCCGCCGCUAUGGCGAAGCUGCCUCAGCCUGGUGUCCAGAAGCAGCCCGAUGCCCCAGUGGAUACUCUCACCCAGCAGAUGAACAACAUGCGUCCUUACGAUGGCGCUCGCGGUGGCCGGGGAGGUCACCAGCACCAUCAGCACCAAAACCAGCAUCAGCCUCGUGGUGGCCGCGGAGGAGCUCGUCAUCACAACCAGCACCAGCAGCACAAAAAGAUUGAAGUUCCCCAGUCCGACUACGAUUUCGAGACCGCAAACGCCAAGUUCAACAAGCAGGAUUUGGUCAAGGAGGCUAUUGCUACUGGAGUCCCUGCCGCUGAGGCCGAAGCCCAUGCCGAGGAGGUGGAAUCUCAGGAUGCUGCCAACCACGUCGCGACCUCUUCCAACAACAUGUACAGUCGGUCAUCCUUCUUCGACAACAUCUCGAGUGAAGCUCGUGACCGCGAAGAGAACACCGCUCGCGUUGGUGGUCGUGAGUGGCGCGGCGAGGAGGAGAAGCGCAACAUGGAGACCUUCGGACAAGGCAGCGUUGAUGGCUACCGCCCCAACUACCGCGGACGUGGCCGUGGUCGUGGUUACGGACGUGGUCGCGGUGGAUACGGCCGUGGCUAUGGUCGUGGCCGUGGAGGCCGGACCCAGUCCGAGUCCACCGGUGUGCCUUCCCAGGGCUAA